AUGGACGCCAACUUUUUAGUCGUCUUGUCCGCUGUCCUGCUCACCUCCAUCCCGCCGUCCUCGUGCUCACUGGAGCCUUACGACAUGUUGUACGACGAGGCAGUGCGGGCGUUCUACAGCGGCGACUACAGCGGCGUGGUGCGCACCAUGGAGGAGGCGCUGAGCAGCUACGCCGGAGUGCGGCGCUCCAGAGUCCGCUGCCGGUUGAGGUGUCAGGACCAGCAUCCGUUCGGGGCCGCAGUCUCCGAGCUGGGCUUCUUCGAUGUGGUACUGCGCAGAGCGGCGUGCAUGGACGGUUGCAUCGAGCAAGACAUCGGCGUGCAGUCAAGGCAUAAAAUCAGUGAAGAUGUCGUGCAGGACUUCAAUAGGCGGAUCCCAUACAACUAUCUCCAGCUUGCUUAUCUCAAGCUGAAGCAGCCUGACAAAGCAGCAGCUGCAGCUCAUACCUACUUUCAAGCCAAUCCAGAACAUGUGGAGAUGAGUCAAAAUCUGGAGCAGUACAAAGAUCGACAGGGUGUCAAAGAGCAUCACUUUGUAGACCGCGAAGCUCGACCUCACCAGCGCUCCUUUAGUGCGGCAGUCAACCUGUACGAACAAGGCGACUACGUAGAGGCCAGCGUUCUCUUCGAGGAAGCUCUGGUGGAAUACUACAAAGCAGAUGUGGAGUGCCGGGCCCUGUGUCAAGGGCCACACCGGUUUGAAGGGCACGAUCACCUUCGCUAUCGUUACAGCCUUUAUGAAGUCAUUUCAGAUCACUUUACUCAGGUACUACACUGUGAGCACGAGUGUGUCAGAGAUCUCGCCACCCGACCAGGCCGCCUGUCACCCAUGGAAAACUACCUACCGCUGCAUUAUGACUACCUCCAGUACGCGUACUUUCAAGUGGAAAGAGUGGAGGAGGCGCUGCAGUGUGCACUCACAUACCUGCUGUUCCACGAGGGAGACGAAUUCAUGACAGAAAAUGUUGACUUCUAUCAAGAAAUGCUGGGCCAUGACAGCGAACCACGAGAGGAGGCUGCUCGGUACCUGAGGAGGCACAAACAAGAGUUGGAGCUCCUUCUUAUUGGAAGCCAAACCAUGGGUGUGGACUUCACUGAAGGGAAUUACUGGAGCAGUUCGGGUGGGAGAGACGACUCCACCAGGAUUCCAUCCGGUACAGAUGGUGGGCUGGAGUAUGUUCCCCUCACAGAGAAGAAGAACGUCAAUGUGGCUGCAUCACAACCUCUCAAAGAAGGGGGGCCGUUGUUGCACAACAAUGUGCGGCUGGUGUACAACUCGGCGGAAUUAAAUGGUACCCAACGAGUGCUGCUGGAUCAUGUUAUAAGCGAGGACGAAUGUGUAGAUCUCCAGCAGCUGGCGCACAUGGUCACGCUGGCAGGAGACGGCUACAAUGGCAGGACGUCUCCUCAUACCCCUAACGAGAAGUUUGAAGGAGCAACCGUCCUCAAAGCCCUGCAGUACGGCUACGAGGGCAGGGUGCCCAUGAAAAGUGCUCGUCUCUUCUAUGACGCCAGCGAGCGAGUGAGAAGUGUCGUCGAGUCAUACUUUCUGCUCAACUCCACCCUGCACUUUUCCUACACACACCUGGUGUGCCGCACGGCCAUCACGGGUCAGCAGGACCACAGAAAUGACCUGAGCCAUCCCAUCCACGCUGACAACUGUCUGCUGGAUCCCGAGGCCAAUGAAUGCUGGAAGGAGCCCCCAGCGUACACACAAAGGGACUACAGUGCACUACUAUACCUCAAUGGAGACUUUGAAGGUGGCGAGUUCAUUUUUACGCAGAUGGAUGCCAAAACAGUCACAGCUACAGUGAAGCCAAAGUGUGGCAGAGUGGUGGCGUUCUCCUCAGGUGGGGAGAAUCCACACGGCGUGAAAGCUGUCACCAAUGGGCGAAGGUGCGCUGUAGCUCUGUGGUUCACGUUGGACCCGCUCUUCAGGGAAAUGGAGAGACUGCAGGCAGACGAGGUGAUCCAGACCUUGAUCACACAAUCCGGACUGGGUCAUGGCCUCGACAUUAACCCCAAAGAUGAAUUGUAG